AUGUCUGGCACAAUGAAGUCACAGCAGCUGCCUCUGAGCAUACCCGGCCAGUGCGAGGAGCUCUUCGGCCAGGCGAAGGGCAACCUGGGCAAAGUCUACGGCGAAAGUGUUUGCUAUGAUGCGUUCAUGUCGCCGCCGCUGAGUGCGACGACCGGACACGGGGAUCUGGCAGUGCAGAGUAAUAACGGUAAAGCCAAUGGCGGCUACUUCACCUGUGAUGAGAUGCAAUUUCCGGACUUCUCGCACCUGUGCUUCGCCAGCGAGACGCCCACCUCGGCCUUCAGUGACUACAACAGCUACGCGGCCGCCGAGCAGGAUCGGGACGACAUCGUCUGCGCCGUGUCCGAGCCGUCGGGCAUGCCCUAUCAGCAGGGCCAAUACACGCAGCUCAAUCGCGAGGACGUCUUCCGCUUCGAGCCGGAGGAUAUAGCCCGACUGACCGCCGACAGCAGGCCAGGCGGCGGCUAUGCUGAGGUGAAUGGCCUGAUGCAGGUGCCACAGGUGCCACAGGUGCCGCACACGCCCUACACGCCUUGCAGCGCGCCCAGCCAGCCGCCGACGGUCCAUCAGGACAUUGACUACUUCAACUAUGACGAGGUCAACUGCCAGUCGAAGAAUCAGUCGCCCUGCUCCUCGCCCCACCUGGAUGCCUGGCUCAACUUCAAUCUCGGCGAGCUAACAACAACAACAACAACAACGACAGCAACACCAACUCGGGAGGCCUCGCCCAAGCUGUGCAACAUUUACGACCAGCAAAUGACGACGAUCAAGCAGGAGGAGCAAACCCAGAAGCUGCCCUCGAUGAACUCGACCUUCGGCACGCCCCAAUGCGCGCCCAUCUGCAACAACUAUGGAGACUACUCCAAUCUGCUGCAGGACGAAGUGAUCUAUGACUAUGCCAAAGAGUUUCCCACCGAAAACCUAGAGCAUCACAUUGAGAAACCAAAUCGUGAGCAUAAAGUCAUCUGGACGAUCGAGGAGCUGGACGAACUGGUGCUCAAUGAACAGCAACAACAACAACAACAACAGCAACAACCACAAUUGAUCAAGUCUGAGCAACAGCAUCCGCCCAGCGACGAUGAAGAUGAGGAUGCAGAUGAUGCUGCAGAUGCUGAGGUGGACAAAGAUGAGGAUGAGGAUCUGGACGAUGUGUUUGCCAUGCCGCCCAAGAAAUGCGAUCCAUUCGACGCCGAUCGCGAUGAGGCUGUGCCGUUGAUCUGUCGCUGGACCGACUGCAACAUGGAGUUCAUGCAGCAGCACCUCUUCGUGGAGCACAUCGAGAAGUGCCACGUGGAUGUGCGCAAGGGCGAGGACUUCUCCUGCUUCUGGCUGGAUUGCUCCAGGCGCUACAAGCCCUUCAAUGCGCGCUACAAGCUGCUCAUCCACAUGCGGGUGCACAGCGGCGAGAAGCCCAACAAAUGUCCGUUUCCGGGCUGCAAUAAAGCCUUUUCACGUCUCGAAAAUUUGAAAAUUCAUCAACGCUCGCACACAGGUGAGCGGCCUUAUGGCUGUCAAUAUAAAGGUUGCCUUAAAGCGUUCAGCAACAGCUCGGAUCGUGCGAAACAUCAAAGAACACACUACGAUACGAAACCGUAUGCGUGUCAGCUGCCGGGAUGCACGAAGCGGUACACGGACCCCUCGAGCCUGCGCAAGCACGUCAAGAACCACGGCCUGAUGCGGCGCAAGUCGGCGAGCGCAGCUGCCGGCGGAUGCAGCGGCCGCAAGGCGGCUAAGGCGCGGCGCAGCUCGGAGUCGGCUGUGGCCGUGAGGGCGGCAGGUGAGCAGCGGACGCAGCGCAGCAGCAGCUGCAGCGAGGCCACGCAGCUGAUGCAGUGCGAGGCACCGGAGAGUCGACAGAGCUUAGGCGAGCAGCCCAAUGAUAACAGCAAUGCCGUCAAAUUCAAUGAGCUCUCCAACUGCAUCGUUAUCGUGGAGCAGCAGCAGAGCGAAGCCCCACCUGACAGGUACUCGGCUGUCAGCUACGACAGCUUCAGCUGCUACAUGACCAAAGCAGCGACUGAGACGGACGCCGUGAACAUCUAUGGAGCUCCAGAGCCGAAUAACCAAAGCUACAAUGAAAACCUGCAAAAGUUCAAUGAACUCGAGCAGCUGUUACCUGGCGAGCUGCAAGGCGCAGGUGUUGCCUUCGGUGCGGGCGACAGCAAGUGCCAGCUGAACGAAUUCGUAUCCUUCGAAUACGUGCGAAAGUAUCUGACGGAUGCCUUCGACCCGCCCACUGCGAAGAGACCAAAGAGUCCGCUAGACAAUAAUCAGAUUGAAAACGAUUUCCAAAGCUACGAUCUUCAGUUUAUAUAA